GUCAUCAGAAAGCGACGCCGUCGCACAAAUAGGACCAUGGCGCUGAGGAGACUUUCGGUCGGGGCGCUGACACUCCGGAGGUUACAGUCUGAAAGUUUCCAGCCUGCUCGGGCUUUGGCGACCUCAGCAGCGGCUCGGCGGCAGUGCGAAGCCCUGGUGUACCACAGGCACGGUGAUCCAGUCGACGUUAUCCAGCUCGAGAGAAUCAACCUUUCUCAGCCUGGUGAUAAUGAUGUACGAAUCAAAAUGUUAGCAGCGCCCAUUAAUCCAUCGGACAUUAACAUGAUGCAAGGUACCUAUGCUAUUCUUCCUGAUCUUCCAGCUGUCGGAGGCAAUGAGGGUGUAGGACAAGUUCUAGAGACAGGCAGUAAAGUGACUAACCUGAAGCCAGGAGACUGGGUGAUACCAUCUGACACAGGGCUAGGAACCUGGAGGAUGGAAGCAGUUGGCAAUAUGAAUGCUUUUAUUAAAGUUCCAAAUACCGUACCUCUUCCAUGCGCAGCAACUUUGAGUGUCAAUCCAUGUACUGCGUACAGAAUGCUGUGCGACUUUGAAUCUUUGAAGCCUGGUGACUCUGUGAUACAGAAUGCAGCCAACAGUGGGGUGGGCCAAGCUGUAAUUCAGAUAGCCAAAGCUAUGGGAUUAAAGACCAUUAAUGUUAUCAGAGAUAGACCAAGUGUGCAGCAGUUGUCAGACAGUUUGAAGGCAAUGGGAGCGGAUUAUGUGAUCACAGAGGGGGCACUCAGAAAACCAGAAAUGAAAGAAUUAUUUAAGCAGGAAGUUCCAAGACCUCGUCUAGCUCUGAAUGGUGUCAGUGGUAAAACUGCUACAGACAUGCUGCAACAUUUAGAGAAAGGAGCAACUGUUGUGACAUAUGGUGGAAUGGCAAAACAACCUGUCACAAUUCCAGUGAGUACACUAAUCUUUAAAGAUGUUAAGAUCCGUGGGUUCUGGGUGACACAGUGGAAAAAAGACCAUGGGCACGAGCAAGGAAGAAUACAGACAGUCUUUUGUAAUUAUUCUCAGUCAAUUCUUUGGUUUGAUGUUGAUUUUUGGAUCAUCUGACUUCCUUCUUCCUUUAUAAAACUUAGCUUGAAUGAUGCGAUUUGGUAAUUGAAAUUAUGGCAUUCAAGCCAGCAUGCUAUGUUCCUUUUUCUUCUGUUAGCAGAUCACGCAACUUUCGUCAUGAAUUACCACUCAUUUAACUUUACAAUUAAUAAUAAAAAUCUAAAUAGGGAGCAGAUUCAGAAAUCAGAGGUGCAAAGAGACUUGGGAGGUAAUGUUGAAAUUCCCUGAUUAAAUUUAUUUUAAAGUUAGAAAGACAAAUGCAAUGUUAGCAUCCAUUUCAAGAGGACUAGAAUAAACAAGAAAGCAUGUAAUGCCGAGACUUCAUAAGGCAUUAGUCAGCCUGCACUUGGACUAUUAUGAGCAGUUUUGAACCCCUUAUCUGAGGAAGGAUGUGCUGGCAUUGGAGAGGGUCCGGAGGAGGUUCACAGGAAUGGAAGGGUUAAUGUAUGAGGAAUGUUUCAUAGCUCUAGGCCUGUAUUCACUGAAGUUUAGAAGAAUGGUGGGGAGGGGGGGAGUAUCAUUCAAUAUUGAAAAGCCUAGAUAGAAUGGACAUGGAGAAGAUUCCUCCUAUAAUGGAGCAGUCUAGGACAAGGAGACUCAGCCUCAGAAUACAAGGAUGUCCAUUUAGAACAGAGGUGCGGAGGAAUUUCCUCAGACAUAGGGUGGUAAAUCUGUGGAAUUCAUUGGCACGGAUAGCUGGGGAGGCCACAUCUUUGGGUAUAUUUGUAUAGAUGUAGAAAAGUACAGCACAGAAACGGGCCCGUUGGCUCAUCUAGUCCAUGCCGAACUAUUUAAACAGCCUUGUCCAAUUGACCUGCACCCAGACCAUUGACAUCAACACUCCUACUUUCCAUGUACCUAUCCAUUUUAACUUGACUGUUUCAAAAAAGUGUGUGUGUGUAUAUAUACAAACAUAUACACACACACACACACACACACACACACACACACACACACACACACACACACACACGUGCACACACACACACACACACACACACACACACACACACACACACACACACUCUCUCUCUCUAUCUCUCUAUCUCUAUCUCUCUCUCUCAGGAAGCGCAAAACGCAGAAUCAAAUAUCACUGUGAUGAUUGUACGCUCUAGUAUCAAUUGUUUGGCGACAAUAAAACAGUAAUAAUACACAUACAUACACGUUAAUGUAACAGUUUUUUCUCUAUAUUUAUUUAUCAUGUAUUUCAUUGUACUGCUGCUGUAAAAUUAAUAAAUUUCAUGGCAUAUCCUGAU